AUGUCCACCGAGACCACCAAAGUCCGGGCGAAAGUCGCUGCUUUGAACGCUUCCCUCGACAAGCUCGAGACUGAGCUCGCUCCCUUGCUUGACAGACCCUUAGCGGAGACUCUUGCUGGGCUGGAGCCGAUUGAGAAGGCUCGCCUGCAAACAUUACUGCCGUACAUCAUCUACGACUUGUCAUUCAUCCAGCUCAAAGUGAAUGGAGAGGAUCCGAGGACACAUGCAGUAAUUCCGGAGCUUGACCGCGUCCGCCAAUACUUCGAGAAGAUCAAGAAGGUUGAGGAAAGCGCGCCCAAACCCCCCACCGUCGACAAAGACGCCGCCGCCCGCUUCAUCAAGCACGCCAUAAACUCCAUCCAAUACAAGAAAAGCGACCCGCCCCAAGACGCGCCAUCCUCCAGCUCCAACGCCGCACCCGUCCCCGCGAAGGUGACGGACAAAAUGCGCGAGCGCGAGGAGUACUUGCGCGAGCUGAAGGAGCGAGAGGGCGAGGAGAGCAGUGAAGGAGAGGAAUUGGAGAUCUUUGGGGAGGGAGCUAUGGAGGUGGAUGAACCCGUGAAGCCCGUGGUGAAGGAUAGGAAAGGCAAGGGAAAAGCAACGGAGACGACUGCGGACCAAGCAGCAGUGGAUGCGCUGAGGAAGAAGAGGAAGAAGACGGAUCCGUUCGGCAACGAUGGCAGCCAGACGAACACACUCAGUAUGGACGUGGAUGGCUUGGAAGAGGUAUCAAGGCCGACCACUCCUAGCGCAGAUGCCUCUGCCAAGAGCAAGAAGAAAAGGCGAAAGAGCGCUGCCGAUGCGGACGUCAACAAGUCCAUCGUAGCGGACGGUGCAGAGGAUGCGCCCAAGAAAAAGAAGAAAAAGAAGGCGAAGAAGGAGUAG